AUGACAGACCAGAGGGAGGAGCCUCAGGGCAGUAAUGACCAUCUAGUCCGGUCUUCUGACCCGGAGCACCCCGCGAAUCUCAUUCCAGAGCUCUGCAAAAAGUUCUAUACGCUAGGAUGGGUUACCGGAACUGGAGGGGGUACCUCUAUCCGCCGGGAUGGCCAUAUCUUUAUAGCUCCUUCGGGGGUUCAGAAAGAAAUGAUUAAACCGGAAGACAUCUUCGUCCUCUCUUAUCCCACCCCGAAAUAUCCCCCAUCUGCGCGGCAGUAUAUUCGCAAGCCGCAAGAAUUGAAGCCUUCGGCUUGCACUCCACUAUUCCUAGCAGCAUUUGACCGGGGGGCAGGCUGUUCAAUUCACACACACUCACAAUGGGCUGUCCUGGUGACCCUGUUAGUCGAAAGAGAGAAGGGUAAAAAUGGUUGUUUUGAAAUCAACAACAUCGAGCAGAUUAAAGGGAUCCCCAAAGGCAAAGGGAAGGGCAUGCUAGGGUUUUUUGACACCCUUCGAAUACCAAUCAUCGAGAACACCGCUUUCGAGGAGGACCUAACUGAAAGCUUGGAGAAAGCUAUGGACGAAUAUCCAGACACAUACGCAGUGCUUGUGCGGCGACAUGGAAUAUAUGUAUGGGGAGAUACAGUUGCCAAAGCAAAAACCCAGUGUGAGAGCUUGGACUAUCUUUUCCAGCUGGCUGUUGAGAUGCAUAAACUUGGUCUGCCGUGGGUUCAGUGA